AUGGCAACAGUACAGGGCCUGCUCUUCGCGGAAAAUUGCAAGCCCAACGCCGUUACAGAAGCGGAUAUGCGAUGGAGCCGAGGUGUCUCCGUCUCCAACUGUGCACAAUUCGGGCUAACCAUCAAUCCCAACACUGCGUGCAAUGACCUUGGCAUCACCGUCAACGGAACCCAGCUAAAGACCGUGGACAGUUCCGAAUACCUAGGCAGAAGACUCACGCAACACCAAAGUCGACGAUGA